GCCAUUUGGUUCGGGUGUAUGUGACCAAGGACAGGACUCCAGGCUGCUGCUUUUGCGAGUCUCCCUGGAAUGCUUCCCACCCCAGCCUCUCCUUAGGCACCUGAAGUCCGCACUCUCUCCUUGCACCAAAGCCUCAGGUCUCAGGAGCUGGAUCCUCAGACUCCCCCCAACCAGCUGGGUUCCAGUUAAAAUUGCUUAGCUUUGGGGCUCAGCUAUAAAUAGCAAGAAAAUUCGAGUGAAACGCUGUCUGCUAGAAGAGUGCCUUUCUUUUCACAAUCAGUGAUCCUCUGAAGAUGGCCCAGCACUAUUUAUGGAUCUUGCUCCUUUGCCUACAAACCUGUCUGGAAGCAGCUGAAAGCAACACAAACAUGCUCACCGUGAAUGGGAUUCUGGGGGAAACAGUUACUUUCCCUUUAAAUAUCCAAAACAUACAGCAAAUUACCAGCAUUAACUGGGUGAGUUCCAAAACGUCCGUUGCUGUUGUAGUGGCCCUCCCCAGCGCACCCCCCCAAGUCAUUGUGACCCACCAAAACUAUAAGCAACGAGUAAACGUCUCAAGUCAGAACUACAACUUGGAGAUCAGCAAUCUGAGGAUGGAAGAUGCAGCGAUCUACAAAGCUGACAUAAACACAAAGAACUCUGAAAAGGAGACACUCACCAGGACCUACAAACUUCAAGUUUAUCGUAGGCUUGGGAAGCCGAAAAUUACUCAGAGUUUAACGACAUCUUCGAACAGUACUUGUAAUGUCACACUGACAUGCUCCAUGGAGAAAGAAGAAAAAAAUGUGACAUACACUUGGAGUCCUAUGGGGACAGAGGGUAGCGUUCUCCAAGUCUUCCAGACUCCUAACAACCAAGAGCUGACUUACACCUGUACAGCCUGGAACCCCGUCAGCAACAAUUCUGACUCCAUCUCUGCCCAGCAGCUCUGUGCAGAUAGCCCCACGGGCCUCCAUAUUCACCGUGCUGGAUUGCUGAGUGGGCUGGCUGUGCUCUUUCUGGUUAUAGUUAUCCUACCUUCAGUGCUUUUGUUCCUUUUUUGCAAGAAAGGACGAGGUUCCUCCUUCAAGAUCUUCCAUAAGAAACCUGAUGCUGCCUCAAAGAACACAAUAUACACAUAUGUCAAUGCUCCAAGAGAUCCUCAGCCAGCAGAGCUCAGAAUCUACGAUGAAAUCUCCCAGCCCAAGGUGGACAAAACCAUCAGCACUCAGGACAGCAAACCUUCUAGGACUCCAAGCUAUGUAUCUGUGAUCUAGGCUGCCAGACAGCAUUCUCUCCAUGGAAACUAAACCAUAACCACAGAUAAUGGCAGAUACCUUGGACCUAGACUUUCUCUGCCCACCUCUUACCUGAAGACUGCAAAUCGCCACAUCCCAAUAUGAAAACCAGGAAGCCCUCUGCUGCUGGACAUAGCUUGUGCUUAGAUAGGCAGAUGGACAUGUGCCCUUUCUGAAAUGGGUGAAUUGCCUUCUGGAUGAAUAAGGCAAGUCCCUUGGCACAGUGCUCUCCAAUCUUCUUUACAUCGCAGCAUAUGUAGAAAAUAUUUUUAUGGCACAAUGAAGUAAACAAUCAAGAUUG